ACAAAGCUAGUGGCUCGACAGCAUGCAGCUAAGAAGACUGGCCGACCUCAGGUGGUCAACUGCCAGAUGAGAGUCAAACCCACUUCUCCUCUGGUGUUAAAUGUGAUACACAAUGCUGAUUCAUUCUCAGUGCAGGGGUGACGCUUUAAGAUGACUGUGUCCUAGUUACACUCCUCUGAGGAUGUAAGGAUGCUAAGAAUAAAGCUCACUGUGAGGCCAGUCAGCAGCCUAUAUGCUGUACUGCUAACUUCCUGUACUUUCAGUGCUGAGACUGAUCCUGGAUCAGGAUCUCAGUGCAGCAGUAGAGCUGUAGGAUGAUACAGCAGAAACACAGCCGCCGUAUUCUCACUCACAUCAGAGAUGCAGUGAGAGAGAAGGCAACAGAGAGAGAGAGAGAGAGAGAUGGAAUAGAAGAGAAGGAGCUGAAUGAAGAUGCACAUCACUGGCAGUGCUUUUGCCAUUCGUCUGUUGUUUAUCUUUUUUCCUCCUUCUGUUACUCAUUGAAUGCUCUUUCCUCACCUCUCCUCUUUGCCGAAGCUUCCAACCUGCUGAACGUUUAGCAUAAGAGCAGUCUGGGCGACAAUACGUCAUAUAUAUAUAUCCCUGAAGCAAGAUCGGAAAAAGGAAUCAUUCACAUUAUUGCUGCACUCUGCAUCUGAAUGCUCUAAUCUGUAACAGAUGUACAAUGCCAUCGUCUUUCAGUCACGCACAGAGCCAAACCCAGGACGUCUCUCAGGCAGCCUGAAUACCGGGGUCGUCAGGGUCGAGGCAGUGGCCGCACAGGGAGCAUGAGGGAAACACAACCUGAUGGGAGAGGCGGCAGAGUCCACAACACUCCACCAAACACACCUACCAGAAGGGGCAGUCUGACUUCUGACAGGUAUGACAGAUCGGAUAAAAGGAUGACCCUGCCAUCCAGAUUCCAAAAGGAAGUGCACACCCACCUGUCUAGGAACCCUCAACAUAGCCAUGCUCCUUCAAACCUUAAUGAAAGCACCCCUCCAUCAAAACCUCGGACACAAUUAAGUCUCUACAGUCCCAAACUGGUGCAGUCCCGCCUCAAAGAGGUUCUAAGCAAGCACAGCAAUGGCUUCUGGGUGUCUAAACUUCCACAAAUAUACCGAGAGCUAUACAAGCAAGAGCUGCCCAGUGAAGCCUUGAAAGAUCUGGAACAGUGGACCCAUAUUUGCACAGUCGAGAAACCAUGCAGUAGCAAAUCUCAGGAGCUACUGUUAUACCCUGCCAAGGAUGUUAGCCAAACCACUAACACAUAUAGCCUUGAAAUGACGCACAUCUCAGACAAGCAGUUUCCAUCACCUCCAAAACCCCAGAAAGUCUCCAGAAAACCUAAGAAUAACACAUCAAGCCCACUGGCAUGCCCCAAGGCUCUACCUGAGGACAUCAAACAAAACCUAGCAGAGCUGCUUCUUAAGUACAGCAGUGGCUUAUGGGCUCAUGCCCUCCCCAAACUCUACCAGGAUACCUACAAGACCAACCUGCCUGAGUAUGUACUUGACAACCUGCCCUUGCUCUCAGAUAUAUGCACCAUUGACCACCCCGUGCCAGACAACCCCAAAAGGGCAAUUCUUUAUGUGAAGGUACUAGAGGAUGAAAACUGCAAUCGGACAGACUUGGCAGACCUGAAGGCGAGAGAGGAGGCAGGGAGACGUCUCAGUUCUCAAUCCGUACCUCCUCUGCUUAUUCCCAGGGAGGAGUACCCCUCAGUACUGGUGGUUGAGGCAAGCAGCACUAACAGUGUAGUUCUCAGAUACAUAGGUGAGGAAUAUUCCAAGGCCCAGGAAAAGCUGGAGGAUGAUAUGAAGGAAUUCUAUAGACAGGAUAACACCCGGAAGACACUGAUCUCAUUAUCAUCAGGCCAACUAACUGCAGUCAUUGCUGAAGAAGAGGAAGAGAUCCUCCGGGCACAAGUGUGUGAGGUCAAGACCGAUAAAGUCAAGGUUUAUUAUGUGGAUCAUGGCUUUUCUGAUGUUAUUAGUAAAAGCAAGCUGCUUGAGUUGCAUGAGAAAUUUUUCAAACUGCCUUUCCAAGCUACCAAAUGUAAAUUGGCUGGCCUUGAAGCCUUUGCUCUGGAGCCAGCAGUGCUGAAAAAAUUUGACUCCAUGGCAAGUGGUAAAAUCCUUUUGGCCGAGAUCCUAGAGAGAGAAGACAUUCCUUUGAUGGUGUUAUAUGACACAUCGCAGGAAGACGACAUUAAUAUCAAUGCUUGCUGUCUGAAAGCCCUGCAAGAGAAGUCUUUAGAGAACCCUCUGCAGACUAACAGUGCCUACAUGAAUGUGAGUGUGACUAGUGUGUGUUCAGAUGGGAUAUUCUACUGCCAGCUGCCCUCUCGUGGUUUGACCAAACUCAGUGAAAUCCUGGAGAAGACAGAGAGCUAUUUCCACAGCCAGAAAUCUAAAGGCUCUAUGGGUUCCUCACUGCUCCUAGACUGUUUCUUUGAAGAGGUCACAUCAGAGUCGCUGGUGUCUAGACCUUUCUGUGGAAAAAACUGUCUGGCUCGGUACAAAGGCAAAUGGUCUCGAGUUGAGAUAACUAACCUGCAUGGUAGCCGGGUGUUGGACAUCCUGUUUGUGGAUGUGGGGGUGCAGGCAUCUGUGGAAGCCAUUGAGCUGAGGGAAAUCCCGCACCCUUUCUUACGUGACCUUAUCACUAUCCCGCCCCAGGCAGUGAAGUGCUGUUUGGCAGACUUGCCUGUCAGUGUGGGCUGCUGGACUCCAGAUGCAGUGCAGUGGCUAAGAGACACAGCUCUCCAUUGCAGUGACUGCAGCUUGAAGAUUGUUAAAGUGGAGGAGAGCAAGCGCCUGGCCCAUGUCUACCUGUUUACUAAUAAGAACUUCCACGACCCUAGCCACAGCCUCAACCGCCAGCUUGCCAACUCGGAUCUCUGGAAGCAUCAGGACGAUGUCUUCCUGAGCAGCCAGGGGUCACUGAAGAGCCCUAUUCAAACUAUAUCAUCAGAUACACCCCCCACAGCCUCUACCCCUACACCCGCUACUGGCACCUCCAGCCCAAGCACCAACAGAGCAGGCAGGGCUCCACACCCACCUAAGAGGUUGGCACCCCAUUUAGAUUCCUGUAGCACACUGUCUGGGAGUCUGACUCUGCCACCUGUUCUUGAGCUCCCUCAAACGGGACAGAACAUGGAUAUUUAUGUGUCAGUCGCAUGCCAUCCAGGCCAUUUUGUGCUCCAGCCAUGGCAGGAGAUGUACAAGCUGGUCGUCUUAAUGGAAGAGAUGAUUCUGUACUACAACAAGACAGAUGAGAAGCCACUCACAGUGGAAAAGAACCAGGUGUAUGCCGCCAAAGUAGAGAACAAUUGGCAUCGAGUGCUUGUCAAAGGAGUUCUGAGCAAUGGCCUGGUGUCUGUUUAUGAGCUAGACUACGGUAAGCAUGAGCUGGUUAGCUGCUCUGUGCUGAGGACCCUCAUCCAGGAGUUCAGGCAGCUCCCUUUCCAGGGCAUCACUGCUCAGCUGGCAGGAGUGAAGUCUAGGCAGUGGUCUGAAGAAGCUUCCAUUGUAUUCAGGAACCAUGUGGAGAAAAAGCCAAUGGUGGCGCAGGUGGAAUCGGUGCAGGAGGCAGAACAGCCAUGGGACCGCAAGCUCACUGUCUACCUGGUGGACACAUCUCAGGAGGACAGUGACAUCUGGGUCCAUGACCUUAUGGCUGAAUUUACAGAUGAGCUCACCAAAGCAGCAUAACUGUUGGGUUAUCUGUAUGUGGUCUUGGAAGAAUUUUGUGAGUGUGCAUUCAUGAGUUCUAUCUGGAAAUGCUGCUUGUAUUUGACUUGAACCGGAAAGUGGAGAUGCACUUAAGUUUUAGAGUUUAUUACACUAAAAGAUUAUUUAAUUACAUCAAACAUAGCUGUAAGGUGAAUGAUAUACACUGCAUUGCGUUGCCUGUAGAGCAGCUCUGCUCUUGCCUUUAAGCUUUAAUUAAUGUGAAGAUUCAUUGAAGCUUUGUCCAAUAAGUGAUCUAUGGAAGAAUCCAACAAGGAAAAUGCACAUGCAUCAAACUUAAGAUGUGAUAUUUAAAUUGUAUUUAAGAUACAAUAAACAGGUAUUCAUUCA